CGGUGCGGGAGGCGGGAGGCGGGUGUGGUGGGCGGGUCCGCAGCUUCCGUGCCUGAGAGGAGCCGGCGGUGUCCGUGUCCGUGUCGGCCCUGGCUGAGGCGAGAGCGACCGUCCCGCCCUCCCCAACUCCUCGGCAGCGCUUGCCGCACGCCCUCCGCUCGCGCCGACUUCUUUCCAGCCUCGCGGACCCCGGCUUGGAGGCUGAGCCUCGGGAAAGACCUGAGCGGCUGGCGCCGGAGUGGGGCAGAGCGCGGCGCCUGGCCCGGGAGGAGAGCGAGGCGAUGCGGUUUGUUCUCGGGCUCUGGAUCGUUCUCUUCUUUGGUGUUCUUCCAGCAAGCAGAGGAGAGAAAAAUCCGUGUUUAGAACAAGAGGAGUAUAUCAGACUGAAGCUGAUCAUUGCUAGGAUCAGUGGAAUCCUCUACUUGCUUUCUGGAUGAAUACAGUUUAUACUAGAGGCUUUGCUGCAGUUUCCUCUUCACCUGUCAUCUCUACAGCUGCCAUUACAAAAGCCAAAGUGGAUUUCUCCAGUGUGGUGUGCCUGCCCCCUUCCGUCAUUGCUGUGAAUGGGCUGGACGGAGGUGGGGCUGGCGAAAAUGACGAAGAACCGGUGCUCCUGUCCCUGUCUGCCGCCCCCAGCCCUCAGAGUGAAGCUGUUGCCAAUGAAUUGCAGGAGCUCUCCCUGCAGCCCGAGCUGACCCUGGGCCUCCACCCUGGCAGGAAUCCCAAUUUACCCCCACUUAGUGAGCGGAAGAAUGUGCUGCAGUUGAAGCUCCAGCAGCGCCGCACCCGAGAAGAGCUGGUGAGCCAAGGGAUCAUGCCACCUUUGAAAAGUCCAGCUGCAUUUCAUGAGCAGAGGAGGAGCUUGGAGCGGGCCAGGACAGAGGACUACCUGAAACGGAAGAUCCGCUCCCGGCCGGAGCGGUCGGAGCUGGUCAGGAUGCACAUCUUGGAAGAGACCUCGGCUGAGCCUUCCCUCCAGGCCAAGCAGCUGAAGCUGAAGAGAGCCAGACUGGCUGAUGACCUCAAUGAGAAGAUCGCCCAGAGGCCUGGCCCCAUGGAGCUGGUGGAGAAAAACAUCCUGCCCGUGGGGUCCAGCCUGAAGGAAGCCAUCUUCGUGGGCCAGGUGAACUACCCGAAGGUGGCAGACAGCUCUUCCUUCGACGAGGACAGCAGCGACGCCUUAUCCCCUGAGCAGCCUGCCAGCCACGAGUCCCAGGGCUCCGUGCCAUCACCCCUGGAGGCCCGCGUCAGCGAACCACCGCCGAGUGCCACCUCCGUGUCCCCCACUCAGGUUCUUUCUCAGCUCCAGCUGGGCCCGGAUGCUGGAGAAACGCUCUUCGUGGCAGAGCAGCCGCCUCUGCCUGCCCCGCCUCUGCUGCCGCCCAGCCUCGCCAACGGAACCGCUGUGCCCCCCGCCAAGCCCACCCCCACGCUCAUUAAGCAAAGCCAACCCAAGUCUGCUGGCGAGAAGGCGCAGCGCAGCAAGAAGGCCAAGGAGCUGAAGCCCAAGGUGAAGAAGCUCAAGUACCACCAGUACAUCCCCCCCGACCAGAAGCAGGACAAGGGGGCACCUGCCAUGGACUCCUCCUACGCCAAGAUCCUGCAGCAGCAGCAGCUUUUCUUGCAGCUGCAGAUCCUCAACCAGCAGCAGCAGCAGCACUACAACUACCAGGCCAUCCUGCCCGCCCCGCCCAAGCCGGCGGGGGAGGCUCUGGGAAGCAGCGGGGCGCCCCCAGUGCGCAGCCUCUCUGCCACCAAUGGCUGCACCAGCUCGAGCACCCCAGGGCCCGGGGCGCUGGCCCGCCAGAACAGCGCCCCUCUCUCUGGCAAGCCGGGAGCCCUGCCAGCCAACCUGGACGACAUGAAGGUGGCGGAGCUGAAGCAGGAGCUGAAGUUGCGGUCCCUGCCCGUGUCCGGCACCAAGACCGAGCUGAUCGAGCGCCUGCGCGCCUACCAGGACCAAGUGGGCCCUGCGCCCGCGGCGCCCAAGGCCCCCUCCGCGCCCUCGCUGCUGUCCAAGGCCGGCGAGGUGGUGGUCGCCUUCCCGGCGGCCCGGCUGAGCACGGCGCCGGCCCUGGUGACGGCGGGCCUGGCCCCGGCCGAGGUGGUGGUGGCCACGGUGACCAGCAACGGCGUGGUGAAGUUCGGCAGCACGGGCUCCACGCCCCCCGUGUCCCCCACGCCCUCGGAGCGCUCGCUGCUCAGCACGGGCGACGAGAACUCCACGCCCGGGGACGCCUUCGGGGAGGCCGUGACGUCGCCCCUGACGCAGCUCACGCUGCAGCCGCCGCCGCUGCAGGUGCUGGUGAAGGAGGAGGGCGCGGCGCGGGAGCCCGAGGGCCUGGACAAGGACCAGAUGCUGCAGGAGAAGGACCGGCAGAUCGAGGCGCUGACGCGCAUGCUGCGGCAGAAGCAGCGGCUGGUGGAGCUGCUGCGGCUGCAGCUGGAGCGCGAGAAGCGCGCGCAAAUUUCAGCAGAUUUCAAGGACCCACCGUUACCCGGGAAGGAGAAGCCGCCCUCUGCCGCAGCCUGCGGGUCCCCGCUGGCAGCACAGCCUUCGCCCACUGCCGAGCUCCCCCAGGCUGCGCCACCUCCCCCCGGCUCACCCACGCUCCCGGGGCGCCUGGAGGACUUCCUGGAGAGCAGCACGGGGCUGCCCCUGCUGACUGGUGGCCAUGAGGGCCCGGAGUCCCUGUCCCUCAUUGAUGACCUCCACAGCCAGAUGUUGAGCAGUUCUGCCAUCCUGGACCACCCCCCGUCCCCCAUGGACACCUCGGAAUUGCACUUUGCCCCUGAGCCCAGCAGCAGUGUGGGCCUGGACCUGGCCGACGGCCACCUGGACAGCAUGGACUGGCUGGAGCUCUCCUCAGGCGGGCCUGUGCUCAGCCUGGCGCCCCUCGGCUCCGCCGCACCCAGCCUCUUCUCCACGGACUUCCUGGACGGCCACGACCUGCAGCUCCACUGGGACUCCUGCUUGUAGCUCUCCGGAGACGGGGCGGGAGGGACGGGAGCCCGCGUGGCUCCGAGCGGCUGUGAGCCUUGACAAUCACAGUCCCCCUGGGCUGGGGCCGCUGCUGGCUCCGGCUCGGCGCAGCCAGGGCGGAGCUGCCGCCGAGCAGCAGCUCUGGGCUGUGCCGGAGCUUUGGAGACCUGGCCAGGGCUGUUUCAAUUCGACCUCCUUUUGUGAGGUCAGAGGUGCACUGUCGGGCUGUGGCGGGGCCCAGGCUUCCCGCCAUUUAGCGUCUCGGUGUAGUGUGAGCCUUUAGAGGUCUGUGGCAACACGUUCCUGUACAGGUGUAUAUACGUCUAUAUUAUAUAUCAGCGUACAAUAUGCAUAUAUUUUGGGGGUGCAGUUCCCCCGUCCUGCUUUCACAGAAGGGCUGGAUGCAGGGUCACCUUAAGCUGUGCCAUGGGGCCUAGCCGGCUGCGCAGGCCCACCCCUCACGUGUGUUUGACAUGCAGACACCCUGUCACCGCCUGUGCUCACUGCCCUGCUGCCUGGCUCCUUAGUGCCACAAGGACAGAGGGGCUUCCUGGCCCGCCCGCCAGGGGCUCCCCAGCUGCCCAUCCCAUCCCUGCCUCACAGCAGCCAACUCUGCCCUGGGACAGGCCGGGGGGGGGGGGGGUCCCCCUUCCUGCUCCCGGGCCACCGGGCUUACGUGCUGGACUGUUCACGGGGGAGAAGGGAUGGAGUCACCAAAACCAGUGCUGGGACAAAGGUGGGAACUGUGUGAACUUUUUAAAAUAAAAACACAAACACUGA